AGCUAUUUUCAGUGCGUUCAAACGGGAACUUUGGCAUUGGAAUUGUCUUUAUUAUUUCGUGAGUGUUAUGUUUACUGUUAAUUUUUAUUGCUUAUAUCACUUUUGUUUAUUAUCUACUUCACUUGCUUUGACAAUGUUUAACAUAUGUUCCCAUGACAAUAUAGCCCAUAAAUUGAAAUGAUUUUGAAUUGAGAGACGCCCUAGCCUCAUAUCAUGAAUAUGCUUUACCGUCUCAAGACAACCUUUUAUAUAAAGUGUUUAUUCUCAAAGUUACCGUGAUGUAACGUGUCCUACUUAUACCGGUACAUUCGUAACAACUUAAAGCAUUACGAAACUUACAUUAUAUAAAAUAAACCUCACGAAGCAAAUAAACCAUUCAUUUUGUUUGUUCUUGUUGAUUAAAUGCGACACUCUUAUUCACGUCCAUACAAAAAAAACGACUUGCCUGAUGGGUGAAACAAUGACAAAAACGCCACCUGCUGGAGGGAGACACGUUUUCCGCCGAGUUGGACCUCUCUCUCCCGAACUCUUCCCUCUCUGACGCGCUCCCGGGGGUGACGUCACCUCCCACAGCACCGACGGACAACACGCGGAUCCCUGUCUACGUGGCGGGGCGGAAGGAGCGCGUCUAGCGGAGAGAGUUGUCAGCAGCGAGACGAACCGAUGAACAUGUCUGACUCCAACCCUCCCAUAUUCCCCCCCGCUCCUCUCUCUGACCCCUCCCACACCGACCCCAGCCCCCCAGGAGAAGACACACACACAGCUCUCCCGCCUCCCACACCCAUCCCCCAGCCCUCGUUGGCCGCGGAGGGUUCCGAGGGCUCUGAGCCAGCCAACGAGGUGGCAGGAGAAGACGUGACCAGGGACGACAGAGAUGAGGCUCCUCUUGACCAAUCAGGGGGCGGCGGCGGCGUGGAGGAUCAGGUGACUGAGUGUGGCCAAUUGGUGAGCCUGGAGGCGGAGACCGCUGCUGCCGAGGGGGAGGAAGAGGACUCUCUUCAGGUCAAGGGGAAAGGUUGGGGUGGAUGGGGCUCCUGGGGGAAGUCUCUACUGACCAGUGCCACAUCUACUGUGGGUAACAGUCUAACUUCAGUAAAGGAGAAGGCCGGAGCUCUGCGUCUUCACAGGACCUCAGUAGGAGAGGAGGCGCGAGAGGAGGAAGAGGAGGAGAGGAAGGAGGGAGGAGAGGAAGAGAAGGAUAGCUGUCCUCAGUCAGCCCUGGUCACCACUCCACCACCAAGCAGAGGAGUACUGUCUACCAUCACACACGCUGGUAAAUCAGUGAUCAGUGGAGGUCUCGAUGCCUUAGAGUUCAUCGGUAAGAGAACCAUGACGGUCCUGGCAGAGACUGACCCUGGUUUCAGGAAGACCAAGAUACUAAUGCAGAGGACUGUCUCUCUCAGCCAGAUGCUGAAGGAUGCCAAGGAGAAGGAGAGGGCUCGUCUCAGCUGCCAGCCAAUCAGUGAGCCCACGGCUCACUACGGGAUCCUGUUUGAUGACUACCAGGGCCUAUCACACCUCGAGGCUCUGGAGAUACUGGCCAAUGAGAGUGAGGCUAAGGUUCAGUCGUUCCUCUCCUCCCUGGAAGAGGAGGAUCAGGAGGAGAUAAAGAAAGAACUGAUCGCCAUCAAGGACAUCUUCGUCAGCCACACGGGAGAGGAGGAGGAGGGAGAGGGAGAGGAGAAGAAGGAGGGAGAGGAGACAGUGGAUAGGGGUGAUCUAAGUCCCCAGUGUUCUACUCCUCUGUCAGCUGAUGGGGAGGAGUUUAUGUUCCCUGUCACCACAGACAAACUGUCUCAAGACAAACUCAACAAGGUAACAGACCUCUCUGUCACCACAGACAAACUCAACAAGGUAACAGACCGUCCCUGUCACCCAGACAAACUGUCUCUCAAGGUAACAGACCGUCCUCUGGUCACCACAGACAAACUGAACAAGCAGCUGAUGGUGGGAGUUUGUGAUGUCCUGACUGACAAGCUGUUUGAGCUUCACCUGCCACCCCAGACAAGGCUCAACAAGGCAGACCAGGCUGUGGGCUCCCUGGCGGAGGUGACCAGGAGAAACCUGCUCCACAAGGUGGCAGGCUGUAUCCUCCACGGACAGGACCUGGAGAAACCUGUUAGAGACCAGGCUGUACUCACCAGUUCCACUCAUAUGUAUAUUCUGAGCAUCGUUAAUGUCUGUGACUGUUGCAGGUUGACGUGUGCCAUGUGUCGGGAGGUGGGUUGUCUUGCCAGGAAGUUCUCUGAUACUCUGCUCACCGUUGGGGUUCAGAGAAAAGCAGAAGAGUUGAACCCUUUGGUAGACAGUGUGCUGCUUGAGGGUUCUAACAGCACCACAUACAUCCAGAACGCCUUCCAGCUCCUCCUCCCGGUUCUCCAGAUGUCACACAUCCAGACCCACAGCUCUAGAACCCGCACGGAACCACAGCCCUAACCCUGUCGUAGCCACAGUAAACACACCUCAUACUGCUGAAGUGCUGUUAGCAUACUAGCCAGUCCUAAUGAUGUAACUAUGUACAGGAAGAUAGUGUGAUAUAUAUAUAUAAAUAACAGUGAUACGGAAGUCAACUACUAGGUUGCCAUAGUAACAGACUGACUACGAUAUUUUUUAACUAUUAUAUAAUUCAGUAACUUAGUAUAGUUUCAUGUAGGGAACAACUUCUCAGAUUGAAGAGCUUGUACUCAUGUCUUUUAAGCAUCUCCAAAUUGAUUAUUUUAUAUGUGUGUGUGUAUUACUGUUCAGAGGUAAAUCUAAACAUGAUUCAUGUCAACUGGCUAAUUUAACCCGGUGUAUCAGAUUAUGUUUUAUCGUUUUAAAAAGCGAAACCAAAAAAAAAUAGUUUUGUUGUUAGAGUUUGUUUUUAGUGUCACGUAAACCAGAUCAGUACAGUGUAAUGUGUUGUUUAACAGUGGCGUACCUGAAGCAAAUUAGGGUUCAGUGCUUUUCUCAAAAGGCACAACGACAUAAAUAAAAAAUGUUUGUUGCUUUGUCAGCUCAGGUGUUCGAACCAGAGACCUUUCGGUUCCUCGGCCCAACGCGCUAACCGCUAAGCUACAUGCCGCAGGUAUUGAUGUUCCCUGCUUAAUGAAGGGGUGUUUCUUUACGCCGUAGAACAGCUAACCUUGUUUAAAUGGUAGAACAGCUAACCUUGUUUAAAUGGUAGAACAACUAACCUUGUUUAAAUGGUAGAACAGCUAACCUUGUUUAAAUGGUAGAACAGCUAACCUUGUUUAAAUGGUAGAACAGCUAACCUUGUUUAAAUGGUAGAACAACUAACCUUGUUUAAAUGGUAGAACAGCUAACCUUGUUUAAAUGGUUGAACAACUAACCUUGUUUAAAUGGUAGAACAGCUAACCUUGUUUAAAUGGUAGAACAACUAACCUUGUUUAAAUGGUAGAACAGCUAACCUUGUUUAAAUGGUAGAACAGCUAAACUUGUUUAAAUGGUAGAACAGCUAACCUUGUUUAAAUGGUUGAACAGCUAACCUUGUUUAAAUGGUAGAACAACUAACCUUGUUUAAAUGGUAGAACAGCUAACCUUGUUUAAAUGGUAGAACAGCUAACCUUGUUUAAAUGGUAGAACAGCUAACCUUGUUUAAAUGGUAGAACAACUAACCUUGUUUAA